CUUUAAGACCUGUGAAGGAGAUAAACAUUGAUGGAAAUGUGCACACCGUGUCCUUCCUGACCACGCGGCACACCCACAUCUCGCAACCCAAAAGGAUCAGGAUGGGAGAGUUUUAGGUCUGGAACAGUCAGGAACGGACAGACAAGCAAUGAAAAAGUUUUUCAGAGCCCAGAGGGACGAGGACUACAGUCAGAUCCAGUACCUGACCGCCAAAUGCACCCGCCUGGCUCAUGACAAGGCAGUGCUGGAAAGAGAAUUUCUGGUGUCCAGAGAGAAGGAGAGAAAGCUGCAGAAUAAACUGGAAGCUGUGACCUCUCGUCUCCUACAGCAGGAGCACCUGAACCUGGAGCUCAGGAUAAACCAGGACCGGCUCAUCUGCAGGAUCCGUCAGCAGCAGAUCUUGGUGGACGUCCUGCAGCAAAGGAUGGUCCUGCUGGCAGAGGAGAGUCGUCGGGAUGUGGAGCUGCUGCAGCAGGUCAACUCAGAGUUGAUGUGUCUGCAAAGCUCUGAGGUGCAGCUGGAGGGCCUGGUGGAGGAGCUGCAUGCUGAGGCCCAGAGUCGAGCAGCGCUGACAGACAGACUCCAUGCAGAGCUGCACAGUAAGCUGGUGCAGCUGAAGGAGCUGCAGGAAACCAACGACUGUCUGACAGAAGAGCUGAAGGACCUCCGCAAAACUCAUCUGGAGGAGGUGAAGGAACUGCAGCAGGAGAAUAAAGGGAGCCUGAGUAAGUUGCAGGAGACGGCAGAGCAGUUUGAGUGGCUCUGCCAGCAACAGAAGUACUGGAUGCGUUGUGUCAAAAGAUUCAAAGACUGUCUGAUAGAGGAGAGACAAAGUCUGCUGCAUCAGGUCAGCACUUUGGAGAAGAAGGUUGGGGAACAGAAGAAGAGCUCACAUGACGGCAGUCCAACACAGAGUCUCCUGCGCCCUCUAGAGGAAGCAGAGAGGCAUGGCAGUGUAACAUCAUUGGAUACAGACACGGUGACAGAUCUGGGUUCCCAGGUGGAAAACUCAACCAUGUUGUAUGAGGAGCUCAUUGCACAGGUGGAGAGUCCUGUCAGCAGAUACCAGGAACCUCCUUGAGGACUAAAGACAUCCCAUCUUCUCCCACCUUCCUCAACUCAGAGGUUUUAACUACUGGAUGUUUGUGGAUUGCCUUCCAGUCUUUGUUUUAAAGAAAACAAACCUGCAUUGUUUCACUAAAACCCAUUCAUUAAGCUCCGGUCCUCUCCCCCUUUUUUUCUUACUGCUGUCCCAUAUGUGCAUCACAUGUGCUUAAAUUUGCCUGGUCACAUUUUUCCAGUAAUUGUCCAUUUUUUCAAAACCUUCUAAUCAACACUGCUAAUAGGAGCACCUGAGAAUGUUCUCUUUUGUUGUUUGGCUCAUAAAUCCUCAGCUGGCGCACAGAGGACACAAACAAACACGCUUUUUUUACCGCACCAAAGCGCCAUUGCUGGGUUUUCUGUUUCCUUGUCACUCGGCUUUCUCUUGUGAGCAAUUAUCAGAAAAUCUGUAAAGUAAUUUGGUUCAGAUCAGCAGUGGCUCAUGUGUGAACCAUCUGAUGCACACAUGUUGUUAAAAAGGAACAAUAAAACUGCGCAAGAGAAAAACAAUAUUUCUGAUUCAUCAUAGAGAAAGUCAUCAAGGCCUUCACAUGUGUAGGGUUCCUUGAAUGUUGGUUGAUUUUUGACAUUUUUACUUGUACUUAUUCACAAGCGACUUUAAUUAAAUUCCUUAUUUAAUGAAAACACUGCAUAUGCAAAAUAGUUUUUUCAAUGUUAUUGGAAGUUUCCAUUACAAAUUUGUGCAACAGUUUAUAUUCUAAUGUUGUCAAACUUGUCAAAUAAGAAAUUAAAUGAAAAUCACACCAUGAGAAAAAUUUGUCUAUCAGCCAUCAGAAGAGACGUCGGUGUCUUAUUCAGACAUUGAAACGACAAGCCCCUAAUACGUGGGAGUGGUUAUGUAUGCAACCUUUUGGGGAAAUUGUAGUUGUGAAUUUACAGAAGAGCUGCGGAUUCAACGCUUUCCAAUGACACAAAUUUUAGCACUUCCUGUUGUAUUCUGUCGUUUUCGCCAGUAGCAACAUUCGGUUGUUGAUCGCCUGACUUGUGUGACGCAAAAAAAAAAAAAUGCUCCCAUUGCAGUUUUGCCAAAUACAUGCAUUUGGAUGUGGCCAAAAAACUAUUUCAAGCCACAGCAACAACAUUUUAUCAAAAAACUUGAGUUUUUAAAAAAAAUUGGUGCGUUUCCAUUAAGCAAAUUUAUUUUCAUAAUUUCAAUUUGCGCUAUUUUAUGGCUAAUGGAAUUGCAGCUACUGUAACUGUCAACAUCUGGAAGCAUAUUGUGCAUCAUCAGGAGCAUAAAUAUUCCUAAAAAUCAACAUCAGCCUGCUUUAGGGGGCUUGAUAGCACUGAUGAAAAGAAAAUGGGAGUCUGAACAUUGGUGCUCAUGGUUGGCAGACUUUACAGCUCGUCUGGUCAGAAAGGUGUGUCCCCGGAUAAGCGGUGGCGCCCCGGACCACAGGGGACACCAGUGGCACCGGCAGCAACGUGCCCUCUGACUGCGAAGCGCUAAAACAGUCUGACCCAAACGGGCUGUGAAGGUCUGAGGUGUAGUGGGAGAUUAACAACGUGUGGUGGCUGGAAACGGUUUGUAUUUGCACACAGUAAAUACUCUUUCACCCUUCUGCCGCAGAACGAGACUCAGACAUUAUAGGUGUUAUUAAUAGAACGAUUAUAGGUACAGCCAGAAUAGCAUGUUUAUGUCCCGGCUUCGUCACAGCCAGGGAAAACACGUUACCGACAUUUAACACCAGGAUAUGCCCAUUAAAAAGUGAGACUUGUUAAAGUGGAGACUAGCAGACACAUCUGUGCACUUGCUUGUAUAAACAUGGAUUAUGUGGUGCCAGUUUAGGCACUCCAGAUAAUACUGUAUACUGACUGUAAGAGCACCAAAUGAGUUUGUCAAGGUUUCACUUACUGCGAAUAAAAACUGUUUAUGAAA